AUGGCCGCGGCGGAAAGGACAGAGGGGAGUUGCCCCGUGCUGCCGCUCGCCAGCGGCCGCAGCAUCCCGGUGCUGGGGCUCGGUACUUCCCAUCGAGGUGGCUAUUCCCAUGAUGCUGUGGUCUAUGCGAUACAAAACUGUGGCAUUCGUCACAUUGACACAGCAAAAAGAUACGGCUGUGAGUCUCUGCUCCAAAAGGCCAUCAAAGAGAGUGGUGUGAAACGAGAGGACCUCUGGCUAACUACGAAACUGUGGCAUAGUGAUUAUGGCUAUGAAAACACAAAAAAAGCAUGCUUGGAGUCAUGUGAAAGACUUGGUGUUGAAUACCUUGGUUUGUGUAGAUCAAUUGGUGUAAGCAACUUUCUUAUCAGUCAUCUUGAGCAACUAAAGGAAGACUGUGUGAUUACUCCACAUGUUAAUCAGGUUGAAUACCACCCUUUCCAAAGGCCUCAAGAGCUGGUCGAUUAUUGUAGGAGCAGAGAUAUUGUUUUUGAAGGCUACUGUCCUUUAGCCAAAGGUGAAGCACUUACUUAUCCCAGUAUCAUUCAGCUGGCAAAGAAAUAUGGCAGAACUCCAGCACAGAUUUGCAUACGUUGGAGUAUACAGAAUGGGAUUGUCACUAUUCCAAAGUCCACGAAAGCAGAAAGGAUAGAGGAAAACUGCAAGGUAUUUGAUUUUGCAAUAGCAGAAGACGAUGUUGAAGUUCUCAAUGGAAUGCAUGAUGGGAGACAUGUUUCCUGGGACCCAAGCCUUGUUGUGCAAUUCCAGAGCCGAGUUCUUAAAGGACCUGCAUACACGUUGGAUUUCUGUGGUGUAUUUCACAGAAAGACGAGCUUCCUCAACACGAGCUGUGGCCAGUGGGGAGCCCUUGUAAGCAGGCUGGAACCUGCGCAGCCACGCCACAUGCUAACCUGUCAUCUCUGAGGUUUUGGACAGCCUUCAGUGCAAAUCCAGCUGAUGGGACUUCGUUUCCCUGACAAGGAUGAAGCUGCAUUUCAGUUCUCUGCUGAGAUGUCAAGAGGGCUACAAAUGUGUGUGGUCAGCUAAUUUUAAUGAUGCUUGUUGUGAUACAAACACCCAAGUUUUCGGAGUGGGACUGAUAUUGCCCAGGUAUUUUACACAGCCUCUAACAAAUAAUUAGUUAUAUGUCCCAUGUCUGAGUUGGAGCCCUCACAGUUGGUUAACCAAUAACCUAAACAUGAAAGCCUGUACAUCUGACUACUGAAACCCUGAGUCACUCUAUCCCUUUUAAUUAAAGCAUGUUCCUUUAAUGUGUUCCUCUUGCUUGAAAUGGUGAGAAUUAUUUCCUAGAGGAAAAUGCCUCAUGAAUGCACCUCUAGUUAGUAUUUUCUAUCAAUUAGCUAAAUAAGGGGGGAAGCUUGAACUAUCUAGGGUACAUCAGGCAGUUGCAGGGGAUGCAUAUGUCAACCUCAAGCAUGAUUUAUCUUACAUGCCUCUUCUGACAGUUGUAGUUUAACGGCUGUGUUUUCCUCCAGGCUCUCAGGAGGCUGAACAUCUUUUCAAGUUUCUAGCUUUGUGGUGGCAGGGUAAAUGUCUGUUUGCCAGUGUCAUUUAUCUGAGUCAUUCCGGGAGAGGCGUGGAGCAAUUGAAGCGUGACUAUUAGCAUAAAUAAAGAGAGGGACACCCUUCCUGAGGGUAAAGUUACUCUCACCGUCAAAGCCAACAACUGCUACUGCUCAUGGUGCGAUGCGACGUGAACUAAAAGACCUCAUACAGUGAGCUCUGCUCUAUUGUGACAUUGUUUUGCAUUGCAAUUUGAAGUGGAGUUAAAGAGAACAGAGCAAGGAAGGAAGAGGAGAAAUCGUGCAGUAAGCACAACAGAUUGCCACUGGAAUUAGCAUUUCAUGUACACUGAGGGGGAGUUUCUUCCAAAAGUUUGGAGAAGAAAUUACAAACCCUAAACUCACUUCUUCGUCUCUGUGGUAACAGUGCUAAGUAGCUGUCAUUGCCAAUUUUGGCUUGAAAAACAACUUUAAAACUUUUCUUUGCAUUUUCAAACACGUGAGUUUCUUACAGCACCCUGGGAACUGUGGAAGAUGCGUUUUGCACAUGGAAACACCAACCCGUGGUGAUAUUUGACGGUGUCAGUCAUGGGGCGAGCCCCUGCCCUAUGCCCCCCUCCCCCGGUACCCCCGGCCUCCUGCAGGCUGCAGGGAGCCGCGGGCGAACGCGCACCUCUGCCCGGUCCCAGCCUGAAUGGUGCGGAUGGGGAGGAGCCUCUUCCAGGGCUGCUGGUUCUGAGGCCGUGCGGCAGUUGCGGGGCCAGCUGCGGGGCCAGGAUCGCGCUCGGCAUCACCAUGAGCUCUGGCACCACCGCGCCGCUGAAGGUCGUCAGCAACCUCGCCAACACCGAUGUCAACUAUGUCAUCAAAGAGCACUAUAAUUACACAGGAAAGCUAAAUGAGAAUGCGGACAGUGGAAUAAAAGUGACAUCGGUGGUUUUUAUCAUCAUUUGCUGCUUUAUAAUCUUGGAGAACAUUUUUGUCCUGCUCACCAUCUGGAAAACCAAGAAGUUUCACAGACCCAUGUACUAUUUCAUUGGGAAUUUGGCUCUUUCAGACUUGCUGGCUGGUGUGGCCUACACUGCCAACCUCCUGCUAUCUGGACACAAAACCUAUAGCCUCACCCCCUCCCAGUGGUUUGUAAGGGAAGGCAGCAUGUUUGUUGCCUUGUCAGCUUCUGUGUUCAGCUUGUUGGCCAUUGCCAUUGAGAGAUACAUCACUAUGCUGAAGAUGAAACUCCACAAUGGUAGCAACAGCUUCCGCUCCUUCUUGCUGAUCAGUGCUUGCUGGGUUAUCUCUGUGAUCCUCGGGGGACUCCCGAUCAUGGGCUGGAACUGCAUCAACCUCCUGUCCAACUGCUCCACUGUGCUGCCUCUCUACCACAAGCACUAUAUUCUCUUUUGCACCACCGUUUUCACCGGCCUUUUGUUAUCUAUUGUCGUCCUCUAUUGCAGGAUCUACUCCAUGGUGAGGACUAGGAGCCGCAGGCUGACGUUUCGGAAAAACAUUACCAAAGCUUCCAGGAGCUCAGAGAAGUCACUGGCCUUGCUCAAGACAGUGAUCAUAGUCCUGAGUGCCUUCAUCGUCUGCUGGGCUCCCUUGUUCAUCCUGCUUUUACUGGACGUGGGGUGUAAAGUGAAGUCCUGCCCGAUCCUCUACAAAGCAGAGUAUUUCCUAGUACUGGCUGUGCUCAAUUCAGCCACGAACCCUAUCAUCUACACCUUGACAAACAAAGAGAUGCGGAGGGCUUUCAUCAAGAUUCUGUGCUGCUGCAAAUGUCCCCCAGCAGAUUCUGGGACCAAAUUCAAGAGGCCCAUCAUUGGAGGGAUGGAGUUCAGUCGGAGUAAGUCCGACAACUCCUCCCACCCACAGAAGGAGGAAGGGGACCGUCCUGAAACCAUCAUGUCUUCAGGCAAUGUUACCUCAUCUUCUUAGGAGUAACUAUGGGGGUGUAUUUCAGAGCUGUUCUCUGCGAUGGGGGAGCCGAGAGGCUUCCUGCUCAUGCUGGCAGCGUUGGGCUAAGUGAGCGAGUAGCAUUAGUUCUAGCGAGGCAAACAGUGCACUUGCAAGGCUGGAGGUCAAGAAAUGGGACAGACUGUUCUGGCUUGAAAAUCUUUUUUCCCUGGAGCAUGUUUUGUCUUUGCACUGAGGCAGCUCAGGAUUGUCAGGAGCAUUUGUAGCCUGAAAUCUCCUUAGUAACUCUGAAAGACUGAUGCCUUGGUGAAAUGAUGCCUGGUGUGUGUGAGAGAAAAGGAGAGGGGGAGGAGGGAGAGGGAGAAUGAAUCUGUCUUGGUUUUUUUCUCCAUGUGAGAAGAAUGUGAAGUUAUUUCUCCUUUACUUGCAGCAAGCCACUGACACAAAGGUCUUUCUGUGCUGAAUCUAGUGGUGGCUCUGGCAUAGUCGGUCAGAAGUGUUUGAUUAGCACAUAACAAGAAACGAGAGCACACAAAUAUAACUUAUGCCACGUACAGCUGUAAUUUGGCAUCAGUUUCCAGAGGUUUUAGUUCAUAAGGUGUUAUUUGCAGAGUCCAGAGCUGUUGGGGUUUUAUUUAGCCAGAUCAUACCUGUGAAUUUUUGCUGUCAGGCCAUAUUACAUUUGAAGACCAGGAGCCAGCAGUUACUUUCACCUGUACAAUUCCAUUGACUGCAUCAGAUUCUAUGGAGUAGCUCAGAGCAGCAUUUGGCCCCAUAUGUUGACUGCCUUGUUAUUCUGUAGCAUUAAAUAAACUGCAUUAUCCUGACAAAUGCAAGGUAGAACUAAAGGUCAUUUCUCUUUAAGAUGACUGAAAAUAAAUCUAAUAGUAGAAGAUACAAUUGACAACAGCAGGAUUUUUGCCUGAGUAAGAAGAGUUAAAAGCUGAAGGGGUGUUUCAGUGUCAAGUUCAUAUUCUUUCCAAAGGAAAAGAUCUGGAAAGAGUACCUUGGCUUUCAGAAGAAUAAAAGCAAUGUUGAAGUGAAAUGACUAUAGAUAAAUGCACUUCCAUAACAAAAUGCAAUACAUUUUGGCACAUUUUAUUAAUGUUUAUCAUUUCAGCAAAGGUGUCUGUAUUUUGUCAGUUCAUGGAAGAAGUACCUGUCAUUAAAUUGAAUGUAUUUGUUUUACGGCAUCGUUUUUACUUCUCUGUUUUUCUAACCUGUGCUAAUGGGGUUGAAUGUGUACAAUGUAAAUAAGUUAAUAAGAUGCAGGAGUCUUCAUGCGCCUAGAGUAUUACUAUAACAAAAGUGGUAUAUCUGGGAUAGCUGAGAGCAAGCGACUGAUUUACAGUUACUGGCAGUUCCUAGAAGUGGUAUUUUGUAAAGAAAAAUAUAUUGCCUUUGUAGUAAAAUUUCCAGUGCAAUUAAACUGUUGGGUUUUUAUUUUUCUGGUUUAAAAAAAAAAUAGUAUUUAAAAUGUUUCUGACUUUUAUUGUUCAAUUUGCACAUAGCUUUAUUGACUUCUAAACAUUAAUAAACUGAUUUUUGUAAAGA